UCAAACACACGAGAAGAAGAGUUGCGCUCUGCUAAUGUGAAGGUGACAGUCAUGGCGACAGCAGCGGUUGUUCGUGGGAUCGGUGCAAAUCUGUCGAAGAAUCUCCGUGAGAUUCGCUUGCAUUUAUGCCAGACUUCUGCUUCCAGCCAGGGAGCGAGGGAUUUCAUCAAGCAGCAUUAUGUGACAUUAAAGAAGGCGAACCCAGAGUUUCCUGUCCUGAUCCGAGAAUGUUCCGGUGUCCAGCCCAAACUGUGGGCACGAUAUGGUUUUGGUAAAGAACACAGCGUUCCACUGGACAACAUGAACGUCGAGCAAGUGGCCAAGGCACUAGAGACAGUUAUGAACGCAAAGCUAUGAACAAACCACAUGUAAUUGUAAAGUCAUGUAAAUGUUAUUGAAAAUAAAUGACUUCUAAAAGAU